AUGUACCAGCCAAGACAGAUCGUGCAGGUCGAAAAGGCCGGCGGCCAGACGCUGCAGCCCAAGGGCUUCUUCCGGUCGACCUACGACAGCCUGACGGCGGCCGAGAACGCUUCGUUUGUCAAGGGCAUUGCCGCCUUUGCUGUCGGCACUGCCUUCCUGGCCAGCUCCUGGGGCGAGUUCCUGCUGCCGCCGUAA